AAGAUGGCCCCAGGGCAGAAGCGAGCUGAGCGCAGAGCGUGCGCGCGCGCCCGUGUGCCCGUGCCCGUGCCCGGGGGAGCAGGAAGGAGAAGAGCCGAGUUCCAGUCCCCGCUCCACAGUUUUGCCCCUCAGUCUCUUCCUCUGUACAAUGGGCUCAUGAUCCCCCCAGCUCCAUCCCAGUUUUCGGGCUUCAUUGCCUCAUCCAUCCCCGCCCUCCGCUCUAAAUGCCGGCUGCGUGUGCUUGUUCUUAAAACCCGCGCUGUGGGGUGCAGGGACUCGGCCAGGGUCGCCCCCGAGGAAGUGUCUGAGGCCACAUCGGAACCCGGACUCCCAUCUCCCCGCCCCCCAUCCACAAGAUGCCCCGCAGAUACCAAAUGCAGCCCCUCCUCCCUCGAACUCACGGCCCGACCAGGCCCAGGCAGGGGCGCAGCUCCCUGCCUCAGCUCCCUCCCACCGCAGCGUCUGGCCGGACUGUGCCUCCGCCCCCCACCCCGCCCCCCUCCUCCUCUCCACCUCCCGGCUUCCCUGCGGACACUCUCACAGGCCGCGCGCGCGCACAUGCACACGCACACAUGCACGCGCGUGGCUCCUUGUCUCCCACCAGACUGUGAGCUCCCCCGAGCAGGGCCUCGGCCUUUCUCUGUGCUCCCCGCGGCGCGGACGACGUCUUUAAUAAAUGGUCCCUGACAGACAGACUGCGGGAGAAGACAGAAUCCCUCUGGGGUGGGGGCCCGAGCCCCGCCUCCUCCCAAGGCUGCCCUUUGACCCCAGGGGGGGAGGGGAAGGGCAGGAGCUGAGGUCCCUCACAAUAAGGGUGUCACCAGCCCGGAAAGGGGAGCGACUUUUGUGACAAACCAGGUUCGGCCGCAGACCUAGCCACGGCCCUGACCCUCCAUUAAUGCCUGCAGGGGAAAGGGCACUGGGAUCAGAAGACCCUGGUGGGACCUGCACCUCCCUGGGCCUCAGUUUCUCCAUCUGCAAAUCGGAGGUGGGGAAGGUCUAAGAUGAUCUCAAAGUGGGAUCUGGGGACCCUUCCAGGGGUCCCUAAGGUCCCCGCUAUUCCCUUCUAGUUUAAAGCUGUUUUCAUUUUUAAUGGGGUAAAUAUUGUCAGCUGCAAGAACGAGGGGAUUGGCUGGUGGGGAGAGCUAUGAAGAGAACUGAGUUCAAAGCCUGAGGUACUGGGUUCGAAUUCCAGUAUUGCCACUUUCUGCCCGGGGCCUGGGACAGGCGUGACUCAGUUUCCCCAUCUGUAAAACAAGGGAGUAGCAAGAGAUGGGCUCUAAAGUCCAGGUCCCCAAGACCCUAGGAUCCUUCCAAAGGGGAAUCUGAACCUUAUAAGGCUGAGUCCACAGACUCGACCCCACCUCCCUGACGACCCAGACCACAACGAACAAGCGACUUCCCCCAAGGCGCAUGCUCCGUGGUAGGGCGCUAUUCCGGGGGGGGACGGGGCAGCGCUGGACUACAUUUCCCAGCAUACCAAGCCACCCCGGUUGGCUCGCCGGAAGUUCCGUUGGGCAUCCCGGAAACGGGGCUGCGAGGGCGGCCGGCGGGCAGUCCGUACAGUGCUACGAGGAGCUGGUGCCAGAGGAGUUGGGGAGGGAGUCUGAGCUCGGGGUAGACCCUCGCCCCGACCCCGCCGCCGCCAUGGGGAAGCGACAGCACCAGAAGGAUAAGAUGUACAUAACCUGCGCUGAGUACACGCACUUCUAUGGCGGCAAGAAGCCUGAUCUCCCACAAGCAAAUUUUCGGCGUUUACCUUUUGAUCACUGCAGCCUGUCACUGCAGCCAUUUGAGUACCCGGUGUGCACCCCUGAUGGAGUCGUCUUUGACUUACUGAAUAUUGUGCCUUGGAUAAAGAAGUAUGGGACCAAUCCUAGCACUGGAGAGAAGCUGGAUGCCAAGUCUCUGAUCAAGCUGAACUUCACGAAGAAUAACGAAGGGAAGUACCACUGCCCGGUGCUCUUCACCGUCUUCACCAACAACUCGCACAUCGUGGCCAUCCGCUCCACCGGCAACGUGUACGCCUACGAGGCAGUGGAGCAGCUGAACAUCAAAACCAAGAACUACAAGGACCUGCUGACGGACGAGGCCUUCUCCCGACAGGACAUCGUGACUCUCCAGGAUCCCACGAACCUGGACAAGUUUAAUGUGGCCAAUUUCUAUCACGUCAAGAACAACCUGAGGGUCGUGGACCCAGAUGAAGAGAAAGCCAGGCAGGACCCGAAUUACUAUCUGAAAAACACCAACGCCGAGACCCGAGAGACCCUGCAGGAACUUUACAAAGACUUCAAGGGCGACGAGAUCCUGGCUGCCACCAUGAGAGCUCCGGAGAAGAAGAAGGUGGACAAGUUGAAUGCGGCUCAUUAUUCCACCGGGAAGGUCAGUGCCUCCUUCACGUCCACAGCCAUGGUGCCCGAGACAACCCAUGAAGCGGCCGCCAUUGAUGACGACGUCGUCAGGUAUCGCUUUGUGAAGAAGAAGGGCUAUGUCCGGCUGCACACCAACAAGGGGGACCUCAACCUGGAGCUGCACUGUGACAUGACUCCCAAAACCUGCGAGAACUUCAUCAAGCUCUGCAAGAAGAAUUACUACAACGGCACCAUCUUCCACCGGUCCAUCCGCAACUUCGUGAUCCAGGGUGGAGACCCGACGGGCACAGGCACAGGGGGCGAGUCCUACUGGGGGAGACCCUUCCGAGACGAGUUCCGGCCCAACCUGUCGCAUACCGGACGAGGGAUCCUCAGCAUGGCCAACUCGGGGCCCAACUGCAACAAGUCCCAGUUCUUCAUUACGUUUCGAUCUUGUGCGUAUCUGGACAAGAAACACACCAUCUUUGGGAGAGUUGUUGGCGGCUUCGACACCCUCACAGCCUUGGAGAAUGUGGAGAGUGACCCCAAAACCGACCGGCCCAAGGAGGAGAUCCGGAUCGAGUCCGCCACAGUCUUCGUGGACCCGUAUGAAGAGGCCGACGCUCAGGUUGCUGAGGAACGGGAGAAGACGCGCCUGGAGGAGGAGACCCCCAAGGUGAAGGCCAAGGCGGCCCAGCCCACCUCGGAGAGCUCAGGGCCGCGAGCUUACCGUCAGGGAGUGGGCAAAUACAUCUCCCCCGAAGCCACGAAACGAGCUCUGGAGGAAGAGCCCUCGACCAGCACCCCCGUUGCCAAGAAGAAGCCCAGCCGGGGCUUCGGGGACUUCAGCUCCUGGUAACAGCCUCAGCCCGAGACCUCCAGACUGUUGGGUGUUUGAACCUGCCGUUGCCUGGCACAGGUCUUGGCACCGAGGGGGUGGGAUGCGCUGUCAGUUUGGGGCAUGGGGGGGCCCAGGGAGGUGGGACACCGAGGUGACGGGGGUGGGGGCAGAAAUAAAAAGGAUCCCUCGGCUCCGUGUCCCUGCCUGGUCUUUGCCAAGCUGCUGAAUGGGAGUCCCAGGCUCCAUCUCCCCUUCCUGGCUCCAUUCACCCCCCCUCCUUUCCACCAGUUGGGCACCAUCACUGCUCGUUCAAGCCAGAGCUGGCGUGUUGUCUGGCUGCGCUAUGGUCAGGGUCUCCGAGAUCUUGAAGGCACAACAAAUGGGGUUUGCAGAUGGGAGAUCCUGGGUUCAAAUCUGGCUUCAGAGUCCUCCUAGCUAUGUGAUCCUGGACAAGUCACUUAAAUCUCAAUUGCCUGGUUCUUGCCCCUCUUCUGCCUUGGAAGCAGAGUUUGGAAAAUAAACAACCUCAGAGAUGAAGUUGGAGUUGUGGCUUCUUUAAAAGAUUGAAGCAUCCUAGUGGUCCAGUUGGGCCAAAGUCCACUCCAUGCGGGUGACCACUCGGACUGCUGCUGGGGGCUGGAUAAUGGGGACUUUGCCAAGUUAGCAUCUGGAGGACCCGGGAUCCCAGGGAGUCAGAUUCCAAAGGGGACUCGUGAGACCCUGGACAAGCUUGGUUUAGACGAGCCCACCUACUGCAGCAGAAUCCAGGGGGAGCAGAGAGGGCCUUGCGCCGAGAAGACCCCAGGCCCAAAAGAACAUCCCAAACAAAGGAACUCCACGUGUGGUUUCCAAAAGGUUUAUUUUGCUACCUGCAAUAGAUCCACUCAAGCGUAACCUCAAACAAAGGGUCUUGGUACCCCCAAACUGUACAGCUGGCUGGAGCAAGAGAAUCGGCAAAAGCUUUUCUUUAAAAAACAACACAAAAAACGGUUCCAUAACAUUACAACCCAAAGUUACAGUAGUGAAGAAACCCAACCCUCUAGGCCUUGGAGUCUCUGGGAAACCGUUUUGGAAAGAAAUGCCGGCUUCCGUGACCAUGACGUGGCGUUGGGCCGCUUCUUCCCCUGCAGCCCACACAAAGCUCCCCCAAGGCCAAAGCCUCCAGCCCCAGGCCAGCAGAGGGGCGAGUGGGAGGGGACAGCCACUGAAACUGAGCCUUUGGCCCACAUCCCACAGAACAGAUGGGUGACAAGGGCACCACGUUGGGACCCUGCAACAAACCGGACCAAAGUUCCGCUACUGAGACGAAAGGAAGAACUUUCUUUGUCAAGAUGUUGGAAUACUGUCUGAGAGGGCAAACAAUGGAAGCCAAGCUUCGUGAACAAACGCCCAUCGUUCGCCAAGGACAGCUUUCCUGGAAACCAAAGACUUGUCCACGCUGCUAUAAAAGGUCGGCUCGAGAGGCUCAGGAGACUUUCGGAAGACCCGAGGCCUAGAGAAUUCCAGGACGUGUCGAGAUUUGAUGGCCUUCCUUGGUGGGGGCUCCAUUGAAGAGGUUCGUUUGGUCCAGGGAGCCUUGCAAAUAGUAAAAGCUAUGGUCUCGAUUACAAACAUCAAUGUUACGACCAAUAGUAAAAAAGUGUGUGUGUGUGUGUGUGUGUCACAGAGAAGACAGACAAUACAAGUCACAAAAGUGCGCAUGUUGGAGGGGAAGUAACUCACCCAAAACAUAUAUAAAAACUUUAAAUAGAAUCUUAAUAUAUGUACAAAAAUUGGUUAGAACAACAACACAUAGUAAAACUCUUCAAGUAAAGUUAAAAAUCUGCUUUCUUUGAAAGAAGGCUCAGUACCGGCCUGGCCUCUCCCAUUCCCCAAAUCUGGACACUCUCCACUCGAAGCCCCCAUGUCUCUGCCUUGCCGGGCUGCCUCCCUGGGAGAGUCUUCUCCAGGACUGUCCCCAAGCCUCCACAGGAACAGGGAAAGCAAGGAAAUAUCACGUUUUACCGUUACUUGUCUCCCCACUCCAGCCAAUGGAUUUCUCAGCUUGCAAGGGGUUCUGGUUCUUGAGGCAGCUGGAUGGGUCAUCUCCGAACUUUCCAACUUGGUGGCAAGAGAAUCCAGGCGAUCGAUCGAGCCCUGAACAGUUUCAUAGAUUCUGAAGUACAAACACAGACGGCCACAUGGGCGCAGGAGAGCCAGGCUUGCCCCAAGCUGGUCCUUUGAGGACCAACAUCCCAACACUGAGAGGUUGAAGAGGUUUUGUUGGCUAUUUCUUUGACAUUCAAAAUUCGAGGGUUUUCUUGGCCAUCUGGCUAGCUCGAGUAUGCUCCCUAUAACCUGCACGCCAUCCAGCCCGGCAGCCAUUACCAGGAUAGAAGCUGAGCGUUUCAUAGGCUGUGUUGGAACCUCUCCAAGGCAUCUGUGAUUGGCCCAAAUGGUUGACCAGAAGGACAAAGGGAACAAGCCUAACGACCUCUGUAGCGCCAGCUCUGGAGGUCAGGCUUGACACCAAUUUGGUGACAUGGGAAGAGGACAGCCUAUUAAAACACUAAGAACUAAAUGGAAUUCGAGCCACCCUCCCCUGCCCUCUCCUUGCAUUAUGAUGGGCAGCCCAAACUGCAUACAACAUUUGCAAAAGGCCCCAAACUCCCCAAAUGACUACAUGAGGCUCCUUUCUUUCCUGGCGUCCAAUUAGGUCAGAGGUUGAAGGGCACCAUGAGUCGUGGAGCUGUGAAGGGCUGGCAUAGGUUUCCCUGGGAUAGAAGUGCAACAGCAGCAGCAGCAGCAGCAGCAGCAGCAGCAAGGGCUCCAAGUGGAAAGUUGUACAGGUGGCCAAGAGAACGAUUGGGGCUCAGUUUCAAGGCAUCUGGGGCUUCCGCCACGUGGGGCCAACAGCAGUGGUUUGGCUUCACUGUCUGCAGAGCAAUGGGCGGCUUGAGGGCAGAAACAUGGGAGCCGAGAGAAGAGUCUCCUUGGAGAAUUUCACCAAUCAACUGUGAAGUUGUGGUCCUGUUUACAUCAAUCCAAUUCAAAGCAACUAGGGUGAAAAGGAGAAGGAACAGGAAGAGGAGGAGGAGGAAAAGGGGUGGGUUUCAUAUUAAUUUUAUUAGAAAAAUGCUUGGGGAAUGAUUUAUCCAGCAAACCAAACGCCCUUUUUAUUUAAAAUUCUUAAACUAUCUUGUAAUUUAAACUUUUUUUGGAAGAAAAUGAAAAUGAACAAUUCUCAAGUACUAAUAAGGGGAUUCCCAUCUAGACUGGCCCCUUUCCUAUUUAAAAAUAUCAUCUUUGUUCAAGUACAUCAAAAGUAAAAUAGUAAUCCAGAA